GCUUUUUGAAUGGUGAAAGGCCGGAUCAGUAGCUAACAUUUAGAGAGGGAAACUCGCAGCAAACUUGAAAAAGGGCCAUCGACCACAUCAGAAACAGGACAAUAUUCUAGAAACAACAGUUAUUUUGUGAUAUAUCUAGAUUCUCUUUAGGAAAUCACCAGUACAAUCAUUUGGAACAAGCCACGUGGAUAAAGGUUGGCAUCAUGUCUCAGAAGCAGAUAUAUUACUCUGACAAAUACGAUGAUGAGAAAUUUGAGUAUAGGCACGUGAUGCUGCCCAAGGACAUUGCCAAGCGUGUGCCCAAGACCCAUCUGAUGUCAGAGACUGAGUGGAGGAACCUGGGCGUCCAGCAGAGUCAAGGCUGGAUACACUACAUGAUCCAUCAACCAGAAUUCGGUGAAAAUUCGGUGAGGUGCUGCUUAAGUGGAUUCAGGGAUCAAGUGUAGCUGGAGCUGAGCCUGGCUUAAGCUGGAUGCCACUAUAGAGAGCCCCAUAUCUUGCUGUUCCGUCGUCCACUGCCUGCAGCCUGAUCUCUCGGACAGAGGGUGAGAGAGAACCCAUAGGGAAGAAGAUAAGAGGGUGGCUGGAGAUGGUUGAACACAACUCAGUUGGAUGGAUAAAGACUAUUUUGUAAAUACUGCAUCGUAUACAGUGGAGUCAGAGUCGAGCUCCAACCCACUGACUCGCUCACUGUAAAGCCUUUCACAUUUCCUCUGGACCUGCUUGGAACCCUUUCAUAUUUUUCUGUAUAUGUACUAGCUUGAUUAUGUUGCCAAUGUGUGUGUCUGGGAAGAAAAGGAAAAUAGCAACACAUUUUCAUUAUUCUCAACCCACAUUAUUCUAACCCACUAUACCUACUGUGAGUUGACUAACAUAUCUAAUUUUAAGGCAAAUAGUAAGAUGGUAAAUGUUCAAAUAUAGGAGGCGGCAUUUUGGCAGCACAAAUGUGCAGGGAUGUUACCGAAAUUACUGAUCAUAUUCCUGUUAUGGCACUUGAUUCAAAACUUAUUUUGAAUACUGCAGAUUGCAUCAAGUGUAUGCACUCUUACACUGUACAAAUGAUAGCCCUCUGGAUAUUGUGGAGUAGAAGUAAAAAUAUAAAAAAAUAUGUUUUUAAUAUAAAUCGUGACCUGCUGCAGUUACACUGUACUGUCUGCAUUUUUAGAGCUGUCAAAAUGGGACCCAAUAUCUUCGUUGCCAUGUCUAUGAUUGUACAAAUCAGCUGCUCAGUUUUUAUGAAUUCUUGUACACUAGAAAUAAAUGUUUUAAUUUGA